AUGGCAGAUUGUUAUGGCAAAUUUCGAGCAUCAUUGAAAUCAAAUGAAAGUAAACCUAAAAUAGGACUGACAAAACAAACAUGGCUUGAUACUCCGUUUAUUAUCCGAGGAAAAUAUGAAGGAAUACCUGUUUGGUAUUAUAUUCUCGUUUCUUUCGAUAAAAUUAAACAUAUUAAAAGUCAACCAAUAGGAAAAACAUUAAAUUCUAUUGAAUUCGGUAAUAUUAUUCAAUAUCGUGAUGAUCAACAACGUAUAUGUUCCAUGUUUGGAUGGGGAAUAAAUCCACCUAAAUCAUUAAAAACAUGGUUCGAGCAAAAUUAUGGUGUGUAUAUAUUCGUAUUUAUACGUUUUAUUCUUAUUGAAAUGAAUUCAAAUUUAGAUGAUGGAACUAUUGAUGAAACUAUAAAUAUAAAAUAUGAAAAAGAUGAUAUUCGAUUAUGUACAAUACAACGUUUAAGAUUCGAUGAAUUAAUUGGAAUUAAUCAAUUCUAUCACAAAAGAGAUCAUUUUCAUUAUAUAAGAUUAUCGACUGGUUCUCAAACAAGUCUUGCUUAUCGAUCGGGCAUGAGAAAUUUCGAUCGAUUGAUUUCUUUCAAUGGCAUUAAUAUUGAACAAGAAACACCUGAAAAAAUAGCGGAACGAUUUAAAAAGGAAUGCUAUCGCCCUAUUCAAAUACUUGUUUGUAGUCCAGCAACAUAUCAACAUUAUAAAUUGAAUAAUAUAAAUAUACAUGCUAAUCUCUCUACUGUUCAAUUUUUAGAACCAGCAUUUGAUCUAUCAUUAUCGAACCUAGAAAUAUCAACACCAUUAAAUAUAAGUAUGAGAGAAAAAUUUGUUGUUGUACAAAUGGAAACUAAUAAUCUUAUGUGUACAGUAACUGAAUCAUCAGAUUUGAGACAAGUCAAUGAUAUUUAUUUAAUAGAAAAUCAAGGAAAAUUUCAUAGUGGACAAAUCAAAUUUAAAGGUUCACAAGAUCAAUGUGAACAUUUUCGUUAUCACUGUAUCCAUCAAUUUCAUAAUGAGAAUAUUGAUAGAAUAUUGGAUUAUAACAAAUCAAUAGCUAAAAUAAAUCAACACACUAGAAUUCCAUCGGAGAAAAACAUUUUAGAUAUGUUUUGUUUUUCAGUUGAAAUAACUCGCUUUGAAGAUCUUCCAAAUGAAAUCAUAUUUGAUAUAUUAAACUAUUUAACACUUGAACAUAUACAUUGUAGUUUUAUCGAUCUCAAUAGUCGAUUGAAUAGCCUCAUUCGAUCUUCAAAUAAUUUAACAUUGAUUUUUGAUGAAAAGCCUGAUCGAUUAUUAAUGGAAUCUUAUAAAUUUCAACUAGUUCAUUUAAUAAUUGAUACAUCAAAUGAAUGUGAUUUAGCUCAGUUUUUUAAUUUACAUUCAUUAAUAAUAUAUAAUAGAAAUUUAAAUCAUAUUAAACAGAUUCGACCCAAAACAUUGCCAAAUCUUGUUAAUUUAUUAUUUUUAUUAAAACCUGAUUUUAAAGUUCCAGUUGAGCUGAUCGAUGAUAUAUUUUCUAAUAGAUUUCCAUAUAUCCGAUAUGUUAAUUUAGGUCAUAUAGAUAAACCAUUUAUUAAAUCGUGGUCAAUAACAUAUUCACUGGAAAUUUUAUUUAUUCGUUGUGAUCAAUUAAUGAUUAUUGAAAAUAUUCUUGAAGCUAGUCCUAAUUUAAAAUAUUUUCAAAUUCAUAUUUUAAAUAAUUUCAAUAAUAUUCAUAUUUGUUCGUCAUCAUUUAAACAUCAACUUAAAAGAUUUACUUUAUGGUCUGAUGAUAUAGAAUUAAAAUUAAAUCAAAUUGAUGCUCUUCUUACUUAUAUACCUUAUGUAACACAUUUAUAUGUGCAAACAACAUGUCAAAUACCAUUUAUUGAAUUAGCUAAAAAUAUUAUUUAUCGAUUACAUCUUUUAUCUCAAUUCGAUUGUUUUAUUAAAGAAAUUUUGACGAAAAAUGAACGAAUUUAUGAUUUAGAUGAUAUUCAUAAAAUAUCUUCGUUAUUUCAUACAAUUGAGUGUGUUGUAGAAAAUGACAAAUUUAGAACAUUUGCCACAGAAUAA